AUGUGUCAGUCGUGUCAGGACGGUAAACAUGUGGAGUGUAGGUAUAAAAAGAUCGUGAAAGAUAACAUUGACUUACAUUGAACAUAUAACUUGAAAUAUGUGUUAUAAAUAGUACUUAAUUUGGAAAUUGGUUACUUAAAUAAUUAUACAAAAAUGAUUCCGGGUUAUGGUGCAGUGACGCAGGCUCUCCUAGGAACACUUUUCACGUGGGGACUUACUGCUGCAGGAGCCGGUUGUGUGUUUUUUAUACGUGGAAAACACAGAAAACUCCUUGAUGUGUCACUGGGUUUUGCGGCUGGUGUUAUGACAGCUGCUUCAUAUUGGUCGUUGUUAGAGCCAGCUAUUGAAAUGUGCGAAGCAUCUGGCUUAUAUGGAGAUAAGGGGCAAUACGCAUUUGCCCCGGUAGCAGUGGGAUUUCUAUUUGGAGCUGUAUUUGUAUAUGGAACUGACAAAUUUUUAGAUUAUUUGGGAAUCAAUUCAACUAAUAUGAUGAUGACGAUAACAAAAACCAAGGAUUCAAAAGAGAAGGUCGAAGAUCUGGAAAUGAUGACAGCUCUAAAUAGGCGGUCAUCGAACCCUACACUGGUGACUAUGGAGACACAGCCGGCAGAGUUCGCGGACUGUAUAACGAAUCAGCACACAGCUCAAAGGCGGCGUGGUCACCAUCACUCACAGAAUUCAUUGAAAACAGACGGAGGUGAAGGUGACCGUCGCGACAGUGUGGCGCGUGCCUUAGAAGCGCGUCAGUCGCAGUGGAAGAGAAUAAUGCUUCUCGUAGUCGCCAUCACCGUCCACAAUAUACCCGAGGGACUGGCGGUGGGCGUCGGCUUCGGCGCUGCAGCUUCUUCCUCUCAAGCCUCUUUCCAAAGCGCCAGAAAUUUGGCGCUUGGUAUUGGCAUUCAGAACUUCCCUGAGGGCCUCGCUGUCAGCUUGCCGUUGCAGUCUGCUGGCUUUUCCGUCUGGAGAGCCUUCUGGUAUGGACAACUAUCGGGCAUGGUAGAGCCCGUUUUCGGUGUGCUGGGCGCGGUAGCUGUAGCAGCCGCUCAACCCGCACUGCCGUACGCUCUGGCCUUCGCGGCUGGCGCUAUGAUCUAUGUCGUCGCCGAUGACAUAAUUCCGGAGGCAAACGCAUCUGGAAACGGAAAGCUGGCGACGUGGGGCUGCAUCAUCGGCUUCAUGGUCAUGAUGUGCCUGGACGUAGGACUCGGGUAACCGCGACCCGUUCCCGCAUCGUGCCUUCAUAUUACUUGUGCACCUACUAU